AUGUGUAGAGGAUUAAAACUUGAGCCAGAGGUUCUUCACCGCUAUGAGGAGACCUUUGACGUUAACAUUCUUCCAUCUGGUCUCAUCAUCCACCCUGAUGCUCCACACCUUGGUGCAGAUGGCAAAGUGGUGGACCCAAAUGAAGAACCUCCCUGUGGCCUGUUAGAGGUUAAGUGCCCUGAUAUUAAAGAAAUCGGAGAGGCAUCCCACGUUGAGUUCAUCGGGGACCAUGCAAAACUGAGAAAGAAACACACAAUUGGCAUUCCACGGUCAGCUGAUGAAUCUGAAACGAUAUUGCAGAUCUUUAUAAAAGUCGCCGGCAGAGUCCCCAAGGGCGGAGCGGAUGACCACCACGUCCUCAUGGUGGACGUCAGAUUCCCCCAGGUCGGAGCGGAUGACCAACACGUCCUCGUGGUCGACGUCGGAUUUCCCCAGAGCGGAGCCGAUGACCAACACGCCCCCUAUCUGGCACUCAUAAUGUGGGCCAUCGGUACUGUUACCUCCGUCAUCUUUCACAUGGGAAUUAAGGAGGAAGGAGUCGAGCCUCAGGAGAGUGAAGAGACUCCCAUCCCCAGCUCUUCCCAGAACUCCGGACCCCUGCUCCAAUGGAAACACUGGCUCAUCGAGCCUGCCUUCUAUCAGGUUGCCCUACUAUACAUGUGCACAAGACUGAUUGUAAAUUUGUCCCAAACAUACAUCCCGAUGUAUCUGAUAAAUUCUUUAUCACUUCCAAAGAACUACAUUGCAACGAUUCCCCUGGUCAAGUAUGUCAGUGGGCUUGUGUCUUCUCUGCUUAUGAAGCCUGUUAACAAAUGGAUCGGCACCUCUAUGGCCUAUUUUGUAGGUCUUGUGCCCAUAAUGGGGUUUUCCUUUUGGGUUUUGGUGGACACAAACAUGGGUCCACGGGUUUACGGAGCCGCCGUGCUGCUGGGAGCUGGAUCUGCUGUCAUUCUGGUCAUGUCACUGUCCAUGACUGCCAAUCUCAUCGGAGAUCAAAGACAAAGUGGUGCUUUUGUAUACGGUGCUAUGAGCUUCACUGAUAAGGUGGCAAAUGGAAUUGGAGUCAUGAUAAUACAGACUUUACACCCCUGUCACACACUGGACUCUGACUGCAAAUGGUUUUACCGCACUGUCAUGGUGAUCAUUACCGGCGGUGUGGCUGGCGUUGCAGCUCUCUGUCUCUCUACCAUUCUCAUCUGGCCCAUUACAAUUCGGCAACGUCCGGCGGUCAUCAGAGGGCUGAUGGGUACAGAUGAUGAUGAAACGAGCAGCAGUGAGAUCAACGGAAAACUGAACUGACCGAUUCAGUGUUAAAAACUUGAACAUUCAACAUUCUGUGAAACACUGGGCCGCACUUAGUCUCAGCACUUUGGAGAUUCAGUUUUUCUCUUUUGCAUUGUUUUUAUAUUCUCAAGAGGCUCUUUGUGUGAGGUUUUUAUGAGCUCAGGUCUGUCACAUGGAGUGACGACUCAAACAGGUCAACAAUUACACAACACAUACAAGGAAGUUGCUCUGUCGAGGAUUUCCCAAAUAUUUCUGAGGAUUCCACUGGAAAUCAAAAACACACCUAGUUUGUAUGCACACUUUGUAAAGUGCCUUUUUUUGUUGUUAACAACUGUUUAUUUAAUUUUCUUCUGGGAACAAUAGUAUAAAACAAAAAGCAACUGUGCAAAUUUAGAACCUAUCCCAACCCAUCCCACCCCCUGGUAGACUGAAAAAAAUAAAUAAACAAAUAAAUUAAAUAAUAUUAAUACAUAAAUAACAAUAAAAUACUUUUUUAACAAAGAUUUUAGUGUUGAAGUGCCUUUUGAAUACACUACAGAUACUGGCCAUUCUUGAAAGAUUCACUGAUACUUUUAUGCAAAGUGACUUGCUG